UCCCAACUAUAAUUUCCUUGCCCUUUGUGCAGAGUUGGAGCCUCGGAGUGGGAGCUUCAAAUAAUCCUGAACUUGAACUCUUCUUUUCCCAGUAGUGUCGUUAAUCAUAGGCCUAGUUCCUUUGAAAAAAGCUCGAGGUUUUGUUUUGCUGUCCGUUCAACUACACUUCAAUUCAAAACCCAAGACACACACCUACUUUAUAUCUGUUAGGUUUUUGGUUCUUGAUUAUUAUAUAAUACAUUGCCCGUCAGUUACCCUGUGUGUCUCAUAACUCCGCAUCAUUGCUUCUUCUUCACUUUAUAGCAGCUGCUCAUCACUGUGAUCUGUCUUUCUGAAGUUUCCAUGGAGAGCGUGGAGUUGAAGGUAGAGAUGGUAGGGAUCCACGAGAAAAGACUAAGGAAAUGCCUAUCAAAACUAAAAGGGAUAGAGAAAGUGGAAGUGGACGGAAAGAGACAGAAGGUGGUGGUAACGGGAUAUGCACACAAGAACAAGAUUCUGAAGGCAGUGAGGAGAGGAGGUCUCAAGGCUGAUUUCUGGUCUCCUCAGAACGAUCUUCUUGACGCUUAUACUUGUGCCUCUUAUGCUUCCUUCUCUUUCCACUCUUUCAACUUCUUCUAGUUCUUCUUCUCCUUUUUCCCCUUCUCUUUUCUUACCCCAAAAUCCAAUUUCAUUUAUUCUCUUCUAUAGUUUAAUUCCAGGAUGGUCUAUGUUGUUAUUACUCCUUAGUUACAGUAAUCACAUAUACUUUUUGUCAGCGAAUUAAUAUAGUUUUAAUUGUGAAGAA